UACGCAUAAGACACAUAUCACCUUCGUAAAACCCUACGACCUCACUCCCCCAGCGUCUACCAGCACCGUCUUCUCAUUUCUAGGCCCGAAACGAUGUCCUUCUCUAACCUUCUCCGCCGCUCUUUCUCCACCUCCCUCCAGCGCAAGUCCCCAUCUGUCGUCAAGUCCGUGGCCGUCGAUAUCUACAAUGACCGAAGCCUCAAACGCGUCGUCGAGAAGUUCAAGAAGUCCUCCGAGCACGAACGCUUCCGCACCCGAACCGGCUUAUACGAAACCGUAGUCCGCCGCCUCGCUUCGGCGAAAUGCUUCAACUGGAUCGAAGAGAUUCUUGAAGACCAGAAGAAAUAUAGGGAUAUCUCGAAAGAAGGCUUCUCGGUCCGACUCGUUUCUCUUUACGGAAAAUCAGGCAUGUUCGAGCAUGCCCAGAAAGUGUUCGACGAAAUGGCGGAGAGGAACUGCAAGCGCACGGUUUUAUCAUUCAAUGCCCUUUUGGGAGCUUGCGUGAACUCUAAGAGGUUUGAUUUGGUUGAUGGGAUUUUCAGGGAGUUGCCUGAGAAGUUGUCGAUUGAACCGGAUUUGGUUUCCUAUAAUACGCUUAUUAAUUCAUUUUGUCAGAUGGGAUCGUUUGAUUCGGCCGUUUCAAUGUUGGAUGAGAUGGAGAAGAAGGGCGUGGACCCAGAUUUGAUUACAUUCAAUACCAUUUUGAGUGGGUUUUAUAGGAACGGUCGGUUCUCAGAUGGCGAGAAAAUAUGGAAGCGAAUGGAGGAGAAGAAUAUUAUUCCUGAUAUUAGAAGCUACAAUGCUAAACUGGAUGGUUUGGUCUUGGAGAAGAGAACCAAAGAGGCGGUUGAUUUAGUUGAAGAAAUGAAGAAGAAGUCAGUCAAGCCAGAUGUGUUUAGCUUCAAUGCUCUGAUCAAAGGAUAUAUUAAUGAAGGGAGUUUGGAGGAAGCUAAGCGGUGUUAUGAGGAUAUUGGGAAGAGCGAUCUUUCCCCGUAUAAAAGGACUUUUGAGCUGCUUCUUCCUUUUGUUUGUCAAAAGGGUGAAGUGGACCUUGCAUUUGAGCUGUGCAAGGACGUUUUUGAAGGGAAGCUGCUCGUUGAUAUUUCGUUAUUGCAGCUUGUGGUGGAUGCACUUGUUAAGGAGUCUAAAAUUGAGGAAGCAAAGGAGCUUGUGCUAUAUGGGAAGACCAAUAGGUACUGUCGUUAUAAUCUGACAUUGCCUUCGGAUGAGUAGUACAAUGUGCUUUUUCUUUCGCUAUUUUGUUUGAAUUAAGACUGUACUCCUAUUCUUAGAUAGUCUUCUUGUUUUUCCUAUAGAUUAUGUUAGUCUAUGGACUAUGUUUUCUUGCUGAUAGAACAUCUGAACUCAUGAAAAAUCCAAUGGGCAAA